GCCUACGCUCACGGACAGUUGACUCGAGCAGUUUGGAAGAAUCGACUCCUUCAGUGAAUCGCCAAUAAUUCAGUAGCUGGUCUCAGUUAGAAAGAGUCGGCUCUUUAAACGAAUCAGAUUUCAGUCAGUCGUUGUUUUAGUUUGUUCGUCCCGUUUCGAGACGCGGAACACGCAGGAUCGUCUCAGCGAUGGCAGUUCGGGUGUGUUGCCGUGGUAACCGUUUGGCCCUGCACCUGCUCAGUAGGAGUGUGUCUCACAGCAGCGUGUCCAUGGAGUCCGUCGACGAGCUGGACUCACACACGCGCGCGCUGUUUUCCCGCUCCGCCAUAGGAACGUUCUUCCAGGAGCGACCGCUGCUCACAAACCCGUUUACCCAGGAUGCACUUCUCCGAGCCUACCUGCGGCGCCACCUACCUGAGCAGGAGGUGGAGCGGGAUCUCCUGCGCUUCGGCGAACGUCUGGUCGCCGAGAUCGACGCGCUGGGCCGGCAGUGUGAGCUGAAGCCGCCCGUCCUGCAGCACUACGACGCCUGGGGGAGACGCGUGGACCGCAUCCUCACCUGCGACGCCUGGACGCGCCUUAAACGCAUCUCUGCGCAGGAAGGCCUGGUGGCGGCGGGAUACGAGAGGACGUACGGGGACUGGAGUCGUGUGUAUCAGAUGAGCAAGAUGUACCUGUUCGCGCCGUCUGCCGGACUCUACACCUGCCCACUGGCCAUGACGGACGGAGCUGCUAAAGUCAUCGAGUCUUUAGGAGUGCCGGUCAGAGAAGCGUUUGAGCGUCUGACCACACGCGACGAGAAGAGGUUCUGGACGUCAGGACAGUGGAUGACCGAGCGCAGGGGAGGAUCUGACGUCUCCAGUGGUACGGAGACGGUUGCCAGGCGACAGCAGGACGGAUGGUUCAAGCUUUAUGGCUUUAAGUGGUUCACGUCGGCCACAGACGCUGAUAUGACGCUCACGCUGGCCCGCAUCACAGACCAGCACGGACGCAGCACAGCGGGCAGCAGCGGUCUGUCUCUGUUCCUGGCUGAGGUGUGGGACGCCGACGGCUCGUCUAACGGGGUCGAGGUUCAGCGGCUGAAGGAUAAACUGGGCACGCGGCAGGUGCCGACAGCCGAGCUGCUGCUGGACGGCACGAACGCUCAGCUGCUGUCAGAGGAAGGUCGCGGCGUCGCCUCCAUCGCUAACAUGUUGACUAUAACGCGCAUCUACAACGCGGUGUGCGCGGUGGGCGCCAUGAGGAGGAUCAGUCAUCUGUGCAGGGAAUACGCAUGCAAGCGCUCUGCAUUUGGGAAGCUGCUGAAGGAUCAUGCGCUGCAUGUGCAAACACUCAGCAGACUGGAGGUGGAGACUCGCGCCGCAUUUCUGCUCACGAUGGAAGUGUGUCGUCUGCUGGGCCGCGAGGAGAACAGAAGCGCUAGCGACAGAGACACGCUCCUGCUGCGGCUGCUGACGCCCGUCGCAAAACUCUACACCGCUAAACAGGCGGUGUGUGUCGUGUCUGAGGGGUUGGAGUCGUUCGGCGGUCAGGGCUACAUCGAGGACACGGGCCUUCCCUCCAUGCUGCGCGACGCUCAGGUGUUGAGUAUAUGGGAGGGAACCACUAAUGUUUUGUCUCUGGAUGUUCUCCGCUCCAUCGCUAAGUCGUCUGGGUCGGUUCUGCGGGCCUUCUUCACCGACGUCAAUGAGCGUUUGCUGGCGGCCGACGCGUCUGCCGCUCUGCGUCCGGCCGUCGCGUCUCUCUGCGCGUCGCUCUCCGGUUUAGAGCGUUUCACUCGGGCGGCGGCGUCUCGACCCGCGGGAACUCUGGAGCUGUCAGCUCGAGACCUGUCCUACAGCCUCGCACGCAUUUACAUGGGAGCGCUGCUGGUGGAUCACGCCGCGUGGGAGAAAGCAACGCACACCGACGUCUACGCCGCUCUCAGGUGGUGUGAACAGGAUUUGUGUCCAGUGGUCAGUGGAGACUCCGUCGGUUGUUAUGAUCCGCAGACAGCGGCGAUGGACACGGCUCUGGUGUACGACGGCCUGAAGCCCUGAGAAA